AUGUCAUCAAUGGAAUACAGCGAAGAAUCUAAAACUUAUGGCUUAACUAAAAGUCCAUUUGUUAUUUCAUCUAAAGCUACAACAUCUGACUUUUUAAUUGAAGAAAAUUUAUCCAUCCAAGAAAAUCUCAGUCCCUAUAAAAAUGAAGAGUACAACAAAAUGAAAGAAACUAUCAAAUCUCGACAUACAAAAAUGAUAUCAAUGGCCACAGGUCUUGGUACUGGAUUGUUGGUCGGUUUGGGACAUUCUAUUAGGAUUGCAGGUAUCGGUGGUACCCUAUUGGGUUAUGGAUUAAUUUCAAUUAUGAUUAUUCUUUGCUUUUUUGCUAGUGCCGAGUUGGUGGUUGCUUUCCCCAGACUACCUGGUGGGUUUAAUUCAUAUGGUAAGAAAUUUAUUCAUCCAAGUGUUGGGUUUACAAUAUCUUGGCUAUUUUGUAUUAAUUGGGAAAUUAUUUUGCCCUUAGAAUUGGUUACUGCCUCUAUGACUAUUAAAUAUUGGAAUAACAAUAUAUCACCAAGUAUCUUUGUUGCAAUUUUUUAUUCUCUAAUUUUAGCAAUUAGUUUCUUCGGUGCCAGAGGUUUUGCCGAGGCGGAGUUUUGGUUUAAUCUUUCUAAGAUUUUAAUGGUUACUGGAUUUAUAAUUUUAGGUGGUUUAAUUAUCAGUGGAGUUGUUGGUGCCAAUAAGAGUGAUUAUCUUCAGGAUUGUAGCAGAUUUUGGAAAUCACCUGGUUCUUUUAACACUAAUAACAAUAUUUUCAAAAGCAUUGCAUCAACAUUAGUUAAUAGUUGUUUUGCUUGUGGUGGUGUCGAAUUUGUUGCCUUGAGCUGUGCCGAACAAAGUAAGAAAAAUCUAGUUAAAAGUAUCAAGAAUGCUGGAUAUCAAGUUAUCAUCAGGAUGGUUUUAUUGUUCCUAUUGUCCAUCACGGUGAUUGGAUUUUUAGUACCAUAUACUUCCCCAGAAUUACUAGGUUCCAAUUCCAAAAAUGCCAUACAUGCUUCCCCCUAUGUUAUUGCUAUUGCAAGUAACGGUAUUAAAAUAGUACCCCACAUUAUUAAUGCAGUAAUUCUAAUUGCAGUUUUGAGUGUUGCCAAUAGUGCAAUGUAUUCAUCUUCAAGGACAUUAAAUUCUUUGAGUCAGCAAGGAUUUGCACCAAAGUUUUUUAAAAAAUUGGAUUCAAAUGGUAUACCAGUACGUUGUAUGGUUGUAUCUGCACUUAUUGGUUUGUUAUCUUUUAUUGCUGAGUAUAAUGAUCAAGAAAAGGUUUUUAUAUUUUUACUAAGCAUAAGUGGAUUAUCUACAAUUUUCAAUUGGGCCAUGAUAUGUAUCGCACAUAUUAGGUUUAGAACUGCAAUGAAGGCACAAUGUAAGUCAUUGGAAGAACUAGGGUAUAAAUCCCCUACUGGUGUGCUUGGCUCGUAUAUUGCAAUUAUCAUUAACGUACUGAUUUUGGUUCUUGGUUUUUGGGUGUCGUUGUUCCCCCUUAACAAUGACGGUAAAGCCAGUUUUGUUAAUCUCUCUUCAAAUUAUUUGGCAGUGGCUGUUGGCAUUGUUCUUUAUUUUGGACAUAAAAUCGCCACUAAAAAUUGGACAUUUUAUAUUAAAGCAGAUAAAAUCGAUGUAGAUGGUGACAGAGACGUAUACGCUCUUAUUAUUAAUGAUGCCGAUGUUAACUUGUCGAAAAAUAAUAAAAAAAUAAUACAAGCAGAUAAUACAAGAACAUAUGUUUAA